GAGAGUGACGUCACAGGAACAACACAAGAAGCCCAAACAGCAGAGAGAGUGACCAAGGUUUGGAGUGUCUCGCCUUCGACUACUGAGUUGUGGGAGAUUAUCACCCACAAGUGGCAUGGGGGAUCAAAUUAAUCAAGACGAGAUUCGAAAGAAGCGCUUGGCUCGGCUCGGUGGAGGAACCAGCAGUAGCAACAACAAUGGAGAUGCAUCCCAGAUAUCCAUCCCGCAGUCCCCGGGGGUACAGUUGUCCACCUCACCCCCUGGAUCAUCGCUUAUUACCUCGCCUUCCAAGAGACACCCUCCACCUUCACCACUGGAUGUAACACCAUGCAAGAAAGGUGUGGAACCUAUGGAAGUCGAAACAAAGGCAGAAACAAUGAUGGAUACAGGGAAUAGUCCUCAUUACCGUAGUGACAACAAGAGACACAGGAGUGUGAGCACCACAGAAGUAACCGAAGAACUUGUGUGGGCAACUCUGUCCAAUCUUCUCCAGGCCACCUGGCAAGGAGUAGAAAAUGCAUGUCCACUUACAGUUCAGAUUACACCAGGUUCAAAACAACCUGAAGUUACAUCACAGGUGUUGAUGGAUGUUACACUCAGACUGUGUUCUGGUGAAUUACCAGAGGGUCUUAUUGAUAGCAACAACUGUUCAUCUAACUCUCCAGAGCUCAGUGCCUCUCCUACAGGUAGUAGUAGUAGUUCAGAUGUUAGUGCGCUUACAAAACCAUUACAGUGUCCUGAAGCUACCGCCCUCACCUACCUCCUACAAACUUACUCUCGAGUAAACAAUGAAGAAAAAAUUCAUCCAAAGAGAAGCAGCUCUCCACCAUUGUCAACCUUACUGCAAGAUGUUCGUCAGCAGUGUGUUGCACACAUUGCAUUGCUUCUCUCAGGAAACUUAACAUCAACUGACCUCCCAGUAGUGUCUCUACUCCUCUAUCCAUUACUGACUGAGGGUCUACCUCGAGGGUUCUUGUGUCACCUUAUAAACCACACCCACAAGACUCAGCCUCUCUUUGUUAAGGUUUUCAGCCCCCUCCUACAUGGUCUUAGCACAGCCAUGAGAAGUUGUAGUGUAACAUCAUCCACAUACAUUAGAGUCCUUGAGUCCUUAGUGUUACUGACUGACAUCAAGAUUAACUCUUCUAGGCCAAUCUGCAGCCUUAUGGUGUCAAUGAGCAACUGGCUUCCAAAGAGUGAGUCACAAUCUGCAGGCCGGGAGUCCAUCUCAACCACCCUGCUUGGCCCAUUUUUGGAGCUCUCUCUCUUUGCUGAAGAUGACCCUAGAGUGGUGGACAAGUUCAUCAAGCAUCAGGGGAAUAGCAGGACAGUUCCUGACGGCCUUCUGGAUCUGGCAAGAGAGUUAGAUCUCAUGCGUACUACCAUUCUUCACAAGCUCUUCUACAGUAUCUUAGUAAAUGCCACUUCCCGUGAGCCAGUACUUGCUUACAUAGCCAGAAUUAUCCGAGCCAAUGAGAAGAGAGCACAGAUCCAUGUGAAGGAGCAGAUGGUUGCUGGAGAUGGCCCAACAAUUAACCUACUCUCAGUUCUCCAGCAGCUUUGCUUCAGGGUUAACCUUGAAAAGGUAGACCCAUAUUACCCUUUUCAUCCAGACUCCCUUGUUGAUGUCUCCAAAGAUUCCCGCCUCAUGAUGACACAGGAUGAAGUUGACGAAUGGGGGAAAAAGCUACAAGCUGAACAACCAUCAAAGUUCCAAGAGAUAACAUUUCACAGCCAGUGUUGGUUCUUGACUCUUCAUGCGCACCACCUUGGAGUGUUACCUGUCAUGCGCAAGUACACACGUCGCAUCCGAGCCAUUCGGGAUCUUCAGAAAAUGGUUGAAGAGAUUGAGAGCACAGAAUCUCAGUGGGCCAACCUUCCUGUGGCAUCAAGACAGAGAGAGCUUCUUAAGAAAUGGAAGACCCAGUUAAAGAAACUGAAUAAGUCAAGAAUCUGUGCUGAUGCUGGGCUGCUGGACGAGAAAUUGUUGGAACGAUGCAUGCAUUUCUACUCUGAUGUUGCCAAGAUAGUCUUACGGGCACUCACUGGGGGGCCAACUAGUCUGGCUCCUCUGGGAAGCUCUCUUGUAGAAACAGCCAACCUUCUCCCCCUGUCAUCAUCAAUACCAGAACUCUAUGCUGCCAUGCCUGAGUGGUACUUGGAUGACAUGGCAGAGUUCUUGCUUUUUACAUUACAGUACAUGCCCAAGGUGCCCAUCAAACACUUAGAAGACCCAAUCAUCACCAUGACCAUUGUUCUUUUGUGUACUCCCACCCAUAUUAAGAACCCAUACUUAACAGCCAAACUUGUUGAGAUGGUGUUCAUGUUGACCCCUUCAGUCCAGCAACAUGUCGAUAGCUUACAUCAGCGCAUCCUUCACCAUCCACUAGCAGUACACCUACCUGUAUCUUUGAUGAAAUUCUACACAAUGGUGGAGACAACAGGAGCAAGCAGCGAGUUCUAUGACAAAUUCACAAUCCGUUAUCACAUUAGUGUAAUUUUCAAGAGCCUUUGGGAAGACAGAGGACACAGGCAAGCUGUAAUAACGGAGUCCAAUUCUGGUAAAGAGUUUGUGAAAUUUGUGAACCUCCUGAUGAAUGAUACAACUUUCCUUUUGGAUGAAUCACUUGAUGCUUUGAAGCGCAUCCAUGAAGUCCAGGAGGAAAUGGAGAGAGGCACUUGGUCACAGCAGACAAGGGAGCAGCAGCAGACAAGACAAAGGUUGCUGGCCACGGAUGAAAGACAGUGCAGAUCAUACUUGACAUUAGCAAGAGAAACAGUUGAUAUGAUGCACUACUUGACAAAAGAGGUGCCAGCCCCAUUCCUAAGGCCAGAGCUCUGCGACAGACUGGCUGCAAUGCUCAACUUCAACCUUGCUCAGCUCUGUGGACAGAAGUGUGGGAAUCUAAAGGUGCGUCAAGCAGACAAGUAUGGAUGGGAGCCAAGAAAACUGCUGGAGCAGCUAGUGGAUAUCUACCUGCAUUUAGACUCGACUAAGUUUGCUCAAUCUAUUGCUAAUGAUGAGAGAUCCUUCAAGAGAGAGCUGUUUGAAACGGCAGCAUCCAAGUUGGAGCGAGCAGUGAUUAAAUGUCAGUCAGAAAUUGCUCAGUUCCGGAGCAUAGGAAACAAAGCCUUCAGCGUCCAGCAGGCCAAUCAGAAAAAGGAGGAGGAUUACAGUGAUGCUCCUGAUCAUUUCAUGGAUCCACUAAUGCAGACACUAAUGGAAGACCCAGUUGAACUUCCCUCAGGAGUAGUCAUGGAUAGACCAACAAUUGUGCGUCAUCUGCUGAAUGAUCCGACCGAUCCAUUCACACGCCAACCUCUUUCAGAAGAGCAGCUGAAGCCAGCGGAAGCUUUGAAGAAGGAAAUCAGCGAAUGGAUUGCCUCCAAAAGUAUCCCAAAGAGCACAUCUUGAGGGCAGGACUGCAGUAGCUGGAAUGGUUCUACAUUUAGUGCUGUAUUAGACUCUUUGCCACAAGUAGAUACAUACAGACAAAACUGUACAGAUGA